CCUCUCCGUCUCCGACGACUGACUAUUCUCGCUCCAUUUUUGGUCCCCAAAAUUCCAAAGCCCGAGAGCAGCAGCGACGAAGAAAGCCAUCCUCGCCUUCCUCUUCCGCACCCACCUGGUGCUGCCUGCUGAUCGGAGCCCGCGAUUACGGCCUGGGGGUCCGGCUUCGAGGAGGAGCGGGAUGAAAUCGCCAUUGCGCAGGUUCCGGGGCUUCGGCCACCACCACAGGGAGCGGAAGGACCACGCCCCGCCGCCCGCCAAGCUCGACGAGCUCGUCUACGCCGCCCAGGAAAUGGAUGAAAUGAGGAGCUGUUAUGAUAGCUUGCUUUCAGCUGCAGCUGCAACGGCAAAUAGUGUAUAUGAGUUUGCAGAAGCCAUGGAGGAAAUGGGAACUUGCUUACUUGAGAAAGCUGCAUUGAAUUACGAUGAUGAUGAAAGUGGUAGAGUGCUGAUGAUGCUAGGGAAAGCCCAGUUUGAACUGCAGAAGUUUGUUGAUAGCUAUCGUACAAAUAUUAUAAAUACAAUCACAAACCCAUCAGAGUCACUUCUGAAGGAGCUACAAGUUGUAGAGGAAAUGAAAGACCUAUGUGAUCAGAAAAGAGUGGAAUAUGAAGGUAUGCGGGCAGCCUAUAAAGACAAAGGGAGAUCAACGCACUCCAAAUCCGAAUCAUUCUCCACAGAACAACUGCAAACUUCAUUUCUUGAGUACCAAGAGGAGGCAGCAUUGUUUAUAUUUCGCUUGAAGUCGCUAAAGCAAGGCCAAUUUCUAAGUAUUUUGACCCAGGCUGCUCGCCAUCAUGCUGCUCAGAUCAGUUUUUUCAGGAGAGGACUGAAGCAUCUAGAGGCUCUAGAGCCUUAUGUCAAAGCAGUUGCUGAGAAGCAGCACAUUGAUUACCACUUCAGUGGACUGGAUGAUGAUAGUGAUAUUGAUGAUUAUAGCUCUUACCAGGAUAACCACAGUGAUGGCAGCGAGUUAAGUUUUGACUAUGAGAUAAAUGACAGGGACAAAGACCUUCCUGCUUCCAGAAGUCCAAUGGAUUUGGAUCAAACUCAACCGACGAAUUCCCCAAGUCCUCUGAAGGAACAUGAGCAGGAAAAUGCCGAAGAAAUGAAGGCGGCUUUUGUGGUUCCUCAUGUGAAGCCUGAGAUUGGUACCCAAUCAGCACCCAUAUUUGCCGAGAAUGUGCCUGAUCCAUCUAUGGGGUUUCGGAAACUGAACCUGCCAAACAGAACUUUUCAUUCUUACAAACUCCCAACACCAGCCGAUGACAAGAACCCUGAUUCAGUAGUCACCAACACAUCACCUCAUUCAGAUCCACCUGCAAGAAAAUCUCAUGUGGCAGUAAAUGUGUGGCAUUCCUCUCCACUGGUGAAAGAUUUUAAGCCGAGUUCCAUGUACAGUGGACCUAUUAAGAUGCCAUCAAAUAAUGAGGGGAUAUCAGCACCACUAGUUUAUUCCUACUCUACUUCAGAUUUUAAGAAAAUGAAGAGGGAAGCCUUUUCUGGUCCAAUUCCGAGCAAAACAGGAUCCAGCAAUCCGUUGUUUUCUGCAACUGAUCGCAGACAGUCAAUGAAUUAUCCUUCUCGUGUAUUGUCAACAAAAUCACAUGGCCCAGGUUGGAAGUCAUCUUUACCUCCAAAAGUUACUCCAAGAGUCACUUCUCUCCCAACAACAACUCCCAAAAUAAGUGAGCUGCAUGAACUGCCCAGGCCUCCAGCGAAUGUAGGCACCAUUCGUCCUGGUUUGGUUGGAUAUUCUGGUCCUUUGGUUUCAAGGCGGCAGAUGCCUAAUGCACCAACCCGUGUCUCACCACCAUCACAUACAGCAUCACCACUUCCACGGCCGCCUGCUGCCAUGACUCGCAGUUAUUCAAUACCUUCAAAUAGUCAACGAACUCCUAUUAUUACAGUGAAUAAAUUGUUGGAGUCUAGACAUAGCAGGGAAAGCAGUGAAUUAUCCUCACCCCCACUAACACCUAUAUCACUGGCAGAUGUUUCCCGCAGAUCAACAGCAGAAACAACUGUAGACAGCAGAAGGACAAAGGAAUCCUUGUGAGAGUUUACAAGACCGAACCUGUGAUCUUAGGAAAUUUUGAUUGUAAUUAAUGUACAUUAUAGAUUCCCUCUAUAAUGUUUUUGUUUUACAUUAAAGAAAAGAUGUAAAUAAAGUUAGCAUGAUUAUUUCUUACCUGUGAUCUCCUUUGUUA